AUGGCAUCCCACGAGAUCCAGAAGGUAUGGGCCGAUGGAUGCUUUGAUAUGUUCCAUUAUGGGCAUGCAAACGCCCUGAGGCAAUCGAAGGCGCUCGGAGAUUACCUGAUAGCUGGCGUCCACUCGUCACUCAGCAUAAACCAAGAAAAGGGACUGCCGGUGAUGGAGGAUGAGGAGAGGUACGAGGUUGUGGAGGGAUGUAGGUAUGUGGACGAGGUGGUUAGGGACGCUCCGUUUGUCACACAGACAAGCAUGAUUAAGGAGUAUGGAGUAAGCAUAGUGGCGCAUGGGAAUGAUAUAGUACUCGACUCAAGCGGACAGGACUCAUAUUGCCAGGUCAGGAGAAUGGGGAUCUUCAGAGAAGUUGAAAGGACCUUCGGGAUAUCGACGACGGAGAUAGUUGGCAGGAUGAUGCUGAAGAACAGAGGAAGCUGGCUGGAUGGGGAAAAUGGAGAGUCCAGCAAGGAUUCCGGGUACCAUGAUAGGCUGCUUAGUCUAUUUAUGAGCUCCAUGGGCAGGGAGAAGAGGGGGAAGGUUGUUUUUAUGGACGGAAACUUUGACCUGUUCCAUGCAGGGCAUGUUGCGUCGCUGAGGAUAGCAAGAGGAAUGGGAGACUAUUUGAUUGUUGGGAUACACGACGACGAGACCACAAAGGAGUACACUAGGAGCUAUCCUGUGCUAAGCACGAAAGAAAGGAUGCUCACACUGAUGGCGUGUAGAUACGUUGAUGAGAUUGUUGUAUCGCCAUAUCUGGUUGGGAGCGAGUUUAUUAAGAGGCAUGGAAUCGAUGUUGUGGCGCCUUCUUUCGAUUCAAAGGAUCUAUCGAGGUAUGACGGGAUUAAGGACGUAGUGGAGCACAGCUACGCCGAAAAUAGGUUCAACUACCUCUCUGCAGAGCACAUAGUCAACAGGAUAAUAUCUAAUUACCAAGACUAUGCAAACAGGCAGAAGAAGAGAACAGGAAAAUAA